CAAUCUCCAACUAUUCACCAGACUACUUGAGCCCUAAAGAAUAAGCUAUUAAAGCCUUCGGCACUUUGAUAACCUGGGCAGUUGUUGACUGCCAGGUGGUUAAGGCAUCGCAGCCGCCGCCAGCUAAACCCCAUUCGAGCUUCCUUUCCUCCAACUCCAGCCCAACCAACCCCAGCAGCGUCACUUUUGCUGCGUGUCGCAGCCCCGACAAGAUGGCAGAGGAUUCGAAGGGGAAAGGAUUCCCCGAUCUGUCGACCAAGCUAUCUGCACCUACGAAAAAAUCGCUUUUCGAACGCCAGAAGGCGGAGGCGGAGGCGAAGCGCGCCCGCGAACGGGCGGAAACCGCUGCGGUUUACGAAGACUUUGUCAAAUCGUUUGAAGAGGACUCGCAGGGGGCAAAGCGUCAGUUCACGGACGGGAGAAGCAAUGCAUUCAAUAAUAAUAAUCGGGCUCCUGCGCUGGGAGGAGGCGGCCCCGCGAAACGCCAUUUCACGAGCUCCGGACCACGCAGCAGUGGCCCUGGAACUCUCGGCCCGCCGCUCUCUUCGCUGUCUCGCAAGCGGACGUUUGACGGAUUACCGCCCUCGCAACGGAACCGCGAUCCAACCACACAGGGAGGGAUCUUUGCGUUCGAAAACUCUGGUCCCGUCUCGCUGGGCCUGCCGGCGGGAUUCCAUGCUUCGGACGAUGAGGAAGACAGGGCCGCGGAGACAAAGGAGGCCGAGAGAGCUGCCGCGAGGCCGACCUUGUACCUCGCGUCUCUCCCGCCAGGAACCUCGCCCGCAGCGAUCAAGGCUCUGAUCCCGUCGAUGUUGGCGGUCGAUAAUGUGAAGAUCCUGCACCCUCCCGCGCAGUCGUCGACGGAUCGCAAGUCUGGCUCGGCCAUUGUCACCCUGGCUAGCGAGUCUGCCGCAUCGGAUAUCGAGAACGCUGUGAGCUCCCUCCAGAACCACUAUCUUGGAUGGGGAUACUUCCUGUCGAUUUCUCGGCACCUCUCGUCCGCCGCGAUCAAUUCCACCGUUCCUGUGACCGUCGGCCUUUCGUUGACAACCAGCCAGCCGUUCGGGGCGAAGGCUGUACAACAGAAUUUCGGCGCAAGCUUGAGUCGGGCACCGCCGCCGGGAAUGCAUCGGGGCGGCUUUGCGCCGCCAGGUUCUUACAAUACAGCCUACGGAAGAGGCGGGAGUGGCACUCAGGUCGAGGUGAAAGCUCCGGCAGACCUCAAGCAGCUACGACUUAUUCACAAGACACUGGAAAGUCUAUUGGGUUAUGGCCCGGAAUUUGAGGCCUUGCUCAUGAGCAGAGCCGAAGUCCAGAGAGAAGAAAAAUGGGCUUGGCUGUGGGAUCCGCGGAGUGUGGGCGGCGUGUACUACCGUUGGAAGCUAUGGGACAUCCUUACAAACACACGGUCCAGAGAGGCUCGCAGGAAAACCAAGCAGGUCUCGUCCACGAUCUUCGAAGGGGGCGCCAGUUGGAUUCCUCCGGAAACUGAGAUCAAGUUCGAGUACACCACGCGCCUUGACGAGUUUGUUUCGGAUGCAGACUACAACUCCUCGGACGAGGAACACUCGGAUAACGAAGACGAAAAGCGGCAACUUGGGGGUGGCGGGCCACCUCCGGGUGAUAGCUUAGGUGGACAAAAUGAUGGAUCAGGCUAUAUGAACCCUCUCAAGAAGGCGAAGCUGACCCAUCUUCUCGCCCGCCUGCCAACCACUAACGCUAGGCUGCGGAGGGGCGAUGUCGCUCGGGUAACAGCCUUUGCUAUCGAACAUGCGGGCGCCGGUGCGGAGGAGACGGUCGAGAUGAUCGUCUCGAAUGUGAUGAAGCCGUUUGCUUACUCGGGUGGCAACCCAGAUCAUGAAGCUGGAAAACACCCCGUUAGAUCCGAGAGCGUCGAGAACUCCACGGCAAACGACGACUCCGUCCAGGAGGGAAAACCGAUCGGUAAAGACAAUCAAGAUCUUUCUGCUGCGAAAUUGGUCGGUCUGUACAUCAUCUCCGACAUCCUUUCAACCUCCGCUACUAGCGGUGUACGGCACGCAUGGAGAUAUCGGCAAUUGUUCGAGUCCGCCCUCAAGACUCGCCGUGUCUUUGAGCAUCUCGGGCGACUGGAAAAGGACCUGAACUGGGGGCGCCUCAAGGCCGAGAAGUGGAAACGAAGCGUUGGGACCCUGUUGCACCUGUGGGAAGGGUGGUGUGUCUUCCCGCAGUCCAGUCAGGAGCAUUUCUUGCGUGUCUUCGAAGAACCGCCGUUAUCCGAGAAGGAGCUUCAGGAGGAAAAGGACAAAGCCGAGGCCGAACAAGCUGCCGCUGCCUUUGCGAAAGGAAAGAACCGUUGGAAGACCGUUGACGAAGACGCCACAGCAGCGGGGAAGUUCGACCCGACUCGAGCCCCCAAGGUGGACCACCAGAACAAGAUGGAGAUAGAUUCCGGAAACCCUGAAGAAGCCGAAGAUGAAGACUUCGACGGCGAGCCUAUGAGUGACAUUGAUGGCGUUCCCAUGGAAGACAGCGACCUUGAAGAAGAAGAGGGCGAUGAGUCGGCACCAACGGACGCCGCCAUGAUGCAGGAUGAGCCUCAAGAACCAGCUCCGGUGUCGAAGGGCGUGGAUGAUUCGAGGCAGCAGAAGCCUGCGAAUCCGGAGCGCGAGCCCGUUGUUCGCAAGCCACGGCCCAAAGCUGAGGACAUGUUCGCUGAUUCCGACUCUGAUCAGCACGUAUAGAAUUUGGAAUAUAUAGUAGAUCUAUGAUUGAUCCGAGGAAUCCCUUGUAAUCUACUCUCAGCUUUUCUUCAUGCCUCGAUUGAUACCACAAUCGAAAGGCAUCCAUGAACGAGGCUGCCAGUCUAGAUGGCUACCCAGUAGAUUCCUAUCAAAAACCCAUACUCUCGAACGAUCUAUCAAAGGCCUGAAAUCCAAAGUAGAAGAAAUCGAUCGAGACCCCAUCAGGCCUGCUCCUGUCAGCCUGGAAGUAUUGUUGUUGGUCACUGUUAGGCAGUUUGCCUGCGGUCGACCACGCUCCGGACAGUGUCUGCCCCACACAACCCAGCUUCAAAUAUCAUCAUCCCCUAUCCUCUGUG